CUUCAUAUAUAAGUUUUGUUUGUUCAUCGAAGCAUAGUUUCAUUGUUGUUAACAAUUAGUCGUGAAUUGUGAGCGGUUUAACCGUUAAUUAGGAAAAAAAACAGUGUGACUGUAUUUAUUUAUAAAGAUAAUCAAUUUAUACUACACAAAAAUGUCAAUCAAAACAACAAUAAUUGUUGCAAUCAUUAUUGGUACUGUAGCAUCAAAUGGUCAGUUAAUAAUUCAACAACCUGGUGCUCCCGUAGCAUUUGGUAUACCAACACAACAACAAUCAUUGGCACAUCGUGAUGUUUUAUUAAAUGCACAAAUGGAAGAACAGUUAACACCAGAACAACAUCGUAGUACAAAAUAUUAUAGUAAUCCAGCUAUUGCACAAGAAUUAGCAAAAGAAUCAUGGUUAACGAAUAAAGAAAUGCCAGUAUUUGAUCGAGCUGCUGAUCAUAUUGAUCGAUCACAAAUUUAUAAAAUUGUUAAGAGUGCUGGUUUUAUUAAUCGUCGAUAAAUUAUAUAGAAUAUUAAUUUAUUAGAUAUAUUUAAAUUAUUUUAGUCUUAGGUUAAUGUUAUUUAUAUGUUUUGUUAUGUGUGAAAAACCCGUAUUGUUAGCAAAAAAAAUCGCCAUUAAUUAAAUAAAUUAUUUCAAAAUUAAA